CUUAACUCAGCCUUUGCUUUCUUUAUUGUCAGUUUCAUGAUUGAGGGCAUGAAGGAGCAAAGGAAGAACAGUUAUAAAUGAAAAGAGAGGGACAGAUCCACAGAUGAGUGAGAUAAUUCAGUGCGUCCUCUAAAAUAAUUCCACAAUACCAACCUGAAGCAUGGCGGAGCACAGUGAUAAACUUAUAAGCAUGGAAGCAAAUAAACUCAAACAUUCACAGAGUUACCAGGAAACUACUUCAGUGGGGAUUAAAAGAAUGCAAAAGCGAUUCCUUCAGAAAGAUGGAAGUUGCAAUGUUUACUUCAAACAUAUCUUUGGGGAGUGGGAGAGCUAUGUGGCUGAUAUUUUCACCACAUUGGUGGAUAUCAAGUGGCGCCAUAUGUUUGUGAUCUUUUCCUUAUCUUAUAUCCUAUCUUGGUUAUUGUUUGGCUUAGUUUUUUGGCUCAUUGCACUCCAGCAUGGUGACUUAUCACCAGAAGAAGGAGUCACCCCUUGUGUGGAGAAUGUUCAUAGUUUCACAGGGGCUUUCUUAUUCUCUCUGGAAACCCAAACCACCAUAGGCUAUGGAUCCCGCUGUGUCACCGAAGAGUGCUCUGCAGCAAUCCUGACUGUUGUCCUACAAUCCGUGUUAGGCUGCAUCAUCGACACAUUCAUUAUUGGAGCUGCUGUAGCAAAAAUGGCAACUGCCCGAAAGCGGGCUCAGACCAUCCGCUUUAGCUAUUAUGCAACAGUAGGCUUACGAGAUGGUAAACUCUGUCUGAUGUGGCGGAUAGGUGAUUUUCGACCCAAUCAUAUGGUAGAAGGUACAGUAAGAGCCCAGCUCUUGAGAUAUGUUGAAGACAGGGUAGGCAGGAUGAUCCUGGAAUACAAAGACUUAAAACUGCUAAAUGAUCAGAUCAUUCUUGCUACCCCAGUGACCAUUGUCCAUGAAAUUAACCAGGAUAGUCCAUUGUAUGAUCUUGACAGGAAAACUCUGGCUAAGGACAAUUUUGAGAUCCUGGUUACAUUUGUUUACACUGGAGAUUCAACAGGAACAUCACAUCAGUCAAGGAGUUCCUAUGUGCCUCGAGAAAUCCUUUGGGGGCACAGAUUCAAUGAUGUCUUGCAACUGAAGAAAAAAUACUACAAAGUCAACUGCCUGCAAUUUGAAGAAACCACUGAGGUUUAUGCUCCUUACUGUAGUGCCAAGCAUCUAGAUAAAAAGGAACAAGAAUACACAGGUUUUGAUAAGACAACAAAUGGAGAACCAGAAAUCUCCUCUUCCUCCUCCUCAGGAAUCAGAGUCCGGUCAUUUAGUGCUGAUGCUUUAAUUAUUCAUUCUGAAGUUUCUGGAGAGCCAGCCAAAAUUUCCAGUCCAGUUAAUACAAUGGAGCCACCGUAUGAGACUGCUCUGGCAACUUUAAGCCGCAUUUCAAUGGAAUCCCAGAUUUAGCAAUCAAUGACUUUUGCACAAUUAUAACAACUAUCAAGCGCACAAGGUCAAUUAAAUUGACCCUCAAAUGGAAGAAGAAAUUUACUGACAAAUUGUUAAGAUUACACUCUGACAUUCCUUUUAAUAUAUAACUGUAUCUUCUUUAAAUUAUCCUUUUCACAAUAUAUUAAAUUCUGAAUAGUGACACUGGAAGAUUGAAAAUUCAAACUUAUCACUGAAUUCACAAAGAGAUAAUCAUUUGAAAAAUUAGUCACGUAUUAUUCUACAAUUUAGACAUAUUUUGGAAUUGAUCCAGGUUUAUGUAAUUUUGGAGUUUGACACAAUUUGCUAAGAUUGUUUCAAAAUUACUUAUUUGCAUGUUGCAGAACAGUCAAUCCCAGUUUUUGUUUCUUUGUAAAUCGUUAGGCUUUUCUUCAGAUUAAGCAUUUUUCUUUUCUUGUUUAAAAUUAGAAGUUAAAAAAUUGACCUUUUUUGGAAUUGAAAAUAUUACAGGUCAUGCGUAAACUAUGAGGAAAAAAUACUGGCUUCACAGAAAAUGAAAACAAGUAGCUAAUGUUGCCAAAAGCACCUUAUUUGUUUGCACUUUAUGUUAAUAACUGCUACUAAUUUGUUGUGGAAAUAUAAGGUCAAAUGUGUUCAAAUCUAUGUUUGUAGUAUUUUCAAACAGCAGUUUUUAAAUCAUCUAAUACUUCUGUGCAGAAAACGUUUAAAAUUGGUUC